AUGGCGUCCGUCCGGCGGUUCGCCGUGGCCCUGCUCGCCGCCUCCUUCCUCGCCGCAGCAGCGGGAGCCCAGCCGAUGGACCCUAAGAAUCCCAUCUCGUCGGACCCCAACGUGAUCCCCGUAUACCCCCCCACCUACGUGACCUGCUACAACGACACCCAUGGGCAGCAAGGGUUGGAGCCCAGGUGCAACGUCCUCGCGCUCCAGUGCCCUCGCGGCUGCCGGGACACCUGCUACGUCCACUGCCCGUCCUGCAAGCUCGUCUGCCUGUGUGAGCUGACCGGCACGGAGUGCUACGACCCGCGCUUCGUGGGCGGCGACGGCAACAAGUUCCUGUUCCACGGCCGUCGGGACGCCGACUUCUGCCUGCUGUCGGACGCCAACCUGCACAUCAACGCGCACUUCAUCGGCAAGCGCAACAACGCGGGCGUGGCGCGUGACUUCACCUGGGUGCAGGCGCUGGGCAUCCGCUUCGGCGGGCACCGGCUGUACCUCGGCGUCCGGAGGACGGCCACCUGGGACGACGCCGUGGACCGCCUAGCCAUCACCUUCGACGGCGCGCCCGUCCCGCUAGACGCCGUGGCCGGCGCCAGCUGGAGCCCCACGUCGGCGGCGCCCGCGCUGUCCAUCUUCCGCACGGGCCCCGCCAACGGCGUGGUGGUGCGGCUGGACGGGGUGUUCCGGAUCGUGGCCAACGCCGUGCCGGUCACCGAGGAGGACUCGAGGGUCCACGGGUACGGCCAGCUCCCCGAGGAGGACGGCAGCCUCGCGCACCUCAACGUGGCGUUCAAGUUCUAUGCGCUCAGCGCCGACGUGCACGGCGUGCUGGGCUAG